AUAAAGGUAAGACGGUUAACAAUCUGGGUUGACCGUAUCAAAACGUGAGACGCCGUUCCAUUUUUCUUCGUUUCUAUUUUGUUGUUGCUUACCGUGGCUAAAAGAAAGUGGACGUAGAAAUGGCCUGCUACGGUUGGCUCUCACCUGUCGGCAUUCAGCCGUAGAUGCGGAAGAAAGCAGCCCUCCACUCAAGAAAACAGCCAUGAAGAUAGCCAUAUUAUUUUUUGUUCUUGUCACCUGCAACGCCAAACACAUCAGUGGGUCAACAACAAGCUCAUGUUGCAACGGCUCGAGAUGAACGAUACCAGUGAGGUGCAAGUCCACUUCCGGUUCUUAAGCCCAAUACUGCGUUUACUGAACAAGGUAACAGGACUUCAGAGAUAUAUCAACAAGAAGGUAAACGAGCGGCUGGAAGCUGAAGUCUUCUACGCUGUUGACGAAGCCGUCCACGCGCUCGGAGAGCGGCGUACAGAGCUACAAUGCACGAGGUGUACGACGUUCGAAGUGGCCUUCCGGAAUGCGCUAACCUCAUACAAGCUCGACCCGAGCCCGCUGCCUGCCCUGACAACAGACAUGUUCGCCAGACUCGCUCGAGUCAAAGUCAGCAACGGAACCAUCCGAGGCCUGUCCAGGUUGCGCCAGUCGGGUGACGUCAUCGCCCGAAUCGACGAAUGCGGCGCGUACGUUUACGCCGACGUGACUGUCCGCAACCUGACCGUCACGCUUGCCGUGAACGUGAGGACGUUUAUGACCGACUUCAGAGCGCUAGUGAGGGCCAACAUUUCAGCGCGAGUCAUCAUCGAGGUUGUCGAGCAAAACGCCACUUUCCUGCUGAAAACACUGGUUGUCAAUACGACAGACCGAAUAUACGUCACUGUUACGCCGAUUGGAGCUGUCAGUUCACUCGCCGCUUUCUUUCUACCGGCUAAAUUUAUUUCUGAAAUGACAAAAAGAGAGCUACAGCCGCUCACAAGGAGUACGAUACAAGGCGGUCUUAAUGCAUUACACGACUUCGCUCACGUAAAUACCAGAAAAGGCUAAUAAAAGUCUGAUAAACAAAA